AUGGCGACAUUUUCCAUUCCCGUGCACAUCCUCACACCUGCACCAUCAAAGACCUCCAUCUGCACCCACAAUUGUUCUCUCUCUGAAGGUAAUGAUGUUUUCCUGGUGUCCGUCCAUGAGCUGGGUCACGCUCUGGGUCUGGAGCACUCCAACGACCCCGCUGCCAUCAUGGCCCCCUUCUACCAGUGGUUUGAAACGGAAAACUUCCAGCUCCCGGACGACGACCGCAGAGGCGUCCAGGCAAUCUACGGAAGCAAAUCUGGUGGUCCCCCUCCCCCCCCUCCCCCUCCUCGGCCCACAAAGUCGUACGUGCCCGAUAACGGCCCAGAUGUGUGUGAGGGACACUUUGACACCAUCGCUAUCCUCAGAGGGGAGAAGUUUGUAUUUAAGGACAAGUGGUUCUGGCGUGUGCGCAACAACAAGGUGUUGGCAGGUUAUCCGAUGGCCAUCAAUCACUUCUGGAAGGGCCUGCCUUCAAACAUCAACGCCGCCUACGAGAGGGAUGAUGGGAAAUUUAUCUUCUUCAAGGGAGACAGGUACUGGGUUUUCAGUGAGUCCACCAUGGAUAAGGAUUCCCCCAAGAGCCUGAAAGAUAUGGGCCCUGGUCUACCCAAAGAUAGAAUUGAUGCUGCUCUGUACUACACACCCACAGGACAGACGUACUUCUUCAGAGGCAAUAAGUACUACCGUUUCAACGAGAAGACUCGCACCGUGGACAGCGGUUAUCCAAAGCCCGUCAGCAUGUGGAGCGGUGCGCCGGAAAACAUUAAGGCUGCCAUCAUGAGCGAAGACGGAUCUUACACUUACUUCUACAAAGCCAACAAGUACUGGAAGUUCAACAACCAGUACAUGAAGGUGGAGUCCGGCUACCCCAAGUCCGUGCUCAGAGACUGGAUGGGCUGCGAAAGCGAGGACCCCAAGAGAGGUCGGGAAGGGGAGGUGAUCAUCAUCGAGGACGUGUCGCAGGGCGGCGCCGGGCCGGCAGCCGUGGUGAUCCCGCUGCUCCUCCUGGUGCUGGUCGUGGUCACUCUGGGAGUGCUUCUGGUCUUCAGGAAGUACGGCACGCCUCGACGCCUCCUCUACUGCCAGAGAUCUCUGCUGGACAAGGUGUAGAGGAAGUGAAAAGACAGACUGCCACAAAGGGACAGAAAGAGAGGGGGAGAGAACUGGAGAAAAGGCGGGAUAGGAGAGGGACCAUGUGUUAAGUUUUGGGUGGUUUGUAUGUGCCACAAAAGAGAGGGAAAAAAGGCCCUAGAAACUGAAAUCAGGAAAAUGCGUAUUUGUAUGUUAACUAUUCACAUGUACUGUUCAGAGAUCAUUACCCACAGUCUCACAUAGAGACACAGAGACUCAUCAAAGACUUCUCUCCAUCCUCUCCUGUCUCACAUCACAGGUAUAUAAAAAAAAAAACAUCCCUCCUUCCUUCCUCUCCUUUAACUGGACGACUCCAGCUGAACUGCUGUCUGACUCAUUUACUCAGAAAUUCAUCAUCUCUGUCACGAGUUUGUGCUCAAAAACAUAUAUUUGUGGUUGGGUUUUUUUUGAGGAAGCUUUACUCAGAAAUUCAUUCAUUACAACGUCACAUUUCCAAUGUUUUUGCUAAGUUUGGAUAUUUGGCUGAGCAGUAUUUCCGGUAUUUCUUAGGUUUAUUUUCUACCACUAAUUAGGGCUGGGUAUCAAACCUCAGAUUUCUACCUAAACAUUUUUUACUGCACGUAGUAUUAAAAGUUCCACAUUUAAAGACUAUUAUUUCCUUUACCGUCGACAAAAAGAUUUACGAAAAUAAGCUCAUUUUUCUCACACUUAAGGUACUGACGUUUUCAAAAACAACACCUUUUAAAAAGAUACUCAGCCCUACUACUAAAGGAAUAAUCUCCCGUUCAAACGCAAAAAGUUGACCACGUUUCAGGUUGGAUGUAGCUCAGUGUAUAGCAUGUACUUUAUGCACAGUGUUAGUGUUGAUUGAUGCAGAUUUUGAACAUGCACAGAUAGGAUUUAAGAUUUGUUUAUCCGGGAUAAUGUCCGCGAAAGUCCGACUUAACAUGCUGGAGGCGAUUUCCCCUUGAGGUGCAGAUUGAAAAGAUUGACGGUACAACUAAAAUCCUUUAUUACGGGCUUUAAUCUCAACUUGAUUCAGUGCAAGCAGUCAGACGGGAGAAAUAUUUUCUAAUACAACGUGAUGUUUUAACUCACGAAUGACAGUUUUUCUAACAUUCCAGUACAUUUGUUUUAGGUGCAGAGCUGCUCGUCCAAAUGUGUCAGUAAGCGGUGCACUUCCCAACAAUAUGGUGCAAUUUUUUUAAUUAUUAUCGUUGUUAUGGGAAAUUGUUGUUAUUAUAAGUAUGGUUAUUGUUAUUAUUGUUCUCCUGGUAAAGUUAUAAUGAUUUUUUCUUGUCUUUUAUACAUUGUCAUUUGGAGUCCUGCUGGACAGAGGCGUAACGUGACAAUGGUGGAAAUAUUUCCCAGUUUACACUCAGCAUGUGAUGAAUUAAAAUCCAAUCGGGGGGGAAUGUGACUUCAAGGUGUUUCCUUUUACUCCGAAACACCUGGAAUCACAGAGAUGUUGGCACACAAUAACAAGCAAUGCUAUUUAUGUACUUUGACAGUGCUCAAUGUUUUUUUUUGUUUUUUUACACAAAUCAAAAUUGAAGGUGAUUUAAUUUAGUUAAUAACAAUGAUAAUGGUAAUGAUAUUUAUAAUGAUGAUCAUAUCAAUAAAGUUGAAUGAGAUUUUUU